GAUGAGACGGGGGUAAUGAACCAAGCCUCAGACUCAAGGAUAUAUUUACCCGUAUCUCUUUUGUUUGCAGGUGGCUGUUCCUUUGAUGAGCAUUACAGCAACUGUGGCUAUAGCGUGGCCCUGGGCACCAAUGGGUUUACCUGGGAGCAGAUCAACACGUGGGAGAAGCCAAUGCUGGACCCUGCGGUGCCCACAGGAUCCUUUAUGAUGGUGAACAGCUCCGGGAGGGCCUCUGGCCAGAAGGCUCACCUUCUCCUGCCGACUCUGAAGGAGAAUGACACCCACUGCAUCGAUUUCCACUACUACUUCUCUAGCCGCGACAGGUCCAGCCCGGGGGCCUUGAACGUCUAUGUGAAGGUGAAUGGCGGGCCCCAGGGGAACCCCGUCUGGAACGUGUCUGGAGUUGUCACCGAGGGCUGGGUGAAGGCAGAGCUUGCCAUCAGCACCUUCUGGCCACAUUUCUACCAGGUGAUAUUUGAAUCCGUCUCUUUGAAGGGUCAUCCUGGCUACAUCGCUGUGGACGAGGUCCGGGUGCUUGCCCAUCCAUGCAGAAAAGCACCCCAUUUUCUGCGGCUCCAAAAUGUCGAGGUGAACGUGGGGCAGAAUGCCACAUUCCAGUGCAUUGCUGGUGGGAAGUGGUCUCAGCAUGACAAACUUUGGCUCCAGCAAUGGAAUGGCCGGGACACGGCCCUCAUGGUCACCCGCGUGGUCAACCACAGACGCUUCUCGGCCACAGUCAGUGUGGCAGACACUGCCCAGAGGAGCGUGAGCAAGUACCGCUGUGUGAUCCGCUCUGAUGGUGGCUCUGGUGUGUCCAACUAUGCCGAGCUGAUUGUGAAAGAGCCUCCCACACCCAUCGCCCCCCCAGAGCUGCUGGCUGUGGGGGCCACAUACCUGUGGAUCAAGCCAAAUGCCAACUCCAUCAUCGGAGAUGGCCCCAUCAUCCUGAAGGAGGUGGAAUAUCGCACCACAACAGGCACCUGGGCAGAGACCCACAUUGUCGACUCUCCCAACUAUAAACUGUGGCAUCUGGACCCCGAUGUGGAGUAUGAGAUCCGGGUUCUACUCACGCGACCAGGGGAAGGGGGCACCGGACCACCAGGGCCUCCCCUCACCACCAGAACCAAGUGUGCAGACCCGGUGCACGGCCCGCAGAAUGUGGAGAUCGUGGACAUCCGAGCCCGGCAGCUGACCCUGCAGUGGGAGCCCUUUGGCUACGCAGUGACCCGCUGUCACAGCUACAACCUCACAGUGCAGUACCAGUACGUGUUCAACCAGCAGCAGUACGAGGCCGAGGAGGUCAUUCAGACCUCCUCCCACUACACCCUGCGGGGCCUGAGGCCCUUCAUGACCAUCCGGCUGCGGCUGCUGCUGUCCAACCCCGAGGGCCGGAUGGAGAGCGAGGAGCUGGUGGUGCAGACGGAGGAGGAUGUUCCAGGAGCUGUUCCUCUGGAAUCCAUCCAAGGGGGGCCUUUUGAGGAGAAGAUCUACAUCCAGUGGAAACCACCCAAUGAGACCAACGGAGUCAUCACGCUCUAUGAGAUCAACUACAAGGCCGUUGGCUCACUGGACCCGAGUGCCGACCUCUCCAGCCAGAGGGGGAAAGUGUUCAAGCUGCGGAAUGAAACCCACCACCUCUUCGUGGGUCUGUACCCCGGGACCACCUACUCCUUCACCAUCAAGGCCAGCACAGCCAAGGGCUUUGGGCCCCCUGUCACCACCAGAAUCGCCACCAAAAUUUCAGCGCCUUCAAUGCCUGAAUAUGACACAGACACCCCGCUGAAUGAGACAGACACGACCAUCACGGUGAUGCUGAAACCUGCCCAGUCUCGGGGAGCCCCCGUCAGUGUUUAUCAGCUGGUUGUCAAGGAGGAGCGACCUCAGAAGUCACGGAGGGCAGCUGACAUCAUUGAGUGCUUUUCGGUGCCAGUGAGCUAUAGGAAUGCCUCCAGCCUUGAUUCUCUACACUACUUUGCUGCUGAAUUGAAACCUGCCAACCUGCCUGUCACCCAGCCAUUUACAGUCGGUGACAACAAGACAUACAAUGGCUACUGGAACCCUCCUCUUUCCCCUCUGAAAAGCUACAGCAUCUAUUUCCAGGCACUCAGCAAAGCAAACGGAGAGACCAAAAUCAACUGUGUCCGUCUGGCUACGAAAGCACCAAUGGGCAGCGCCCAGGUGACCCCGGGGACUCCACUCUGCCUCCUCACCACAGGUGCUUCCACUCAGAAUUCCAACACCAUGGAGCCGGAGAAGCAGGUGGACAGCACUGUGAAGAUGGCUGGCGUGAUCGCCGGCCUCCUCAUGUUCAUCAUCAUUCUCCUGGGCGUGAUGCUCACCAUCAAAAGGAGAAGAAAUGCUUAUUCCUACUCCUAUUACUUGAAGCUGGCCAAGAAGCAGAAGGAGACCCAGAGUGGAGCUCAGAGGGAGAUGGGACCUGUGGCCUCGGCCGACAAGCCCACCACCAAGCUCAGCACCAGCCGCAACGAUGAAGGCUUCUCCUCCAGCUCACAGGACGUUAACGGAUUCAAUGGCAGCCGCGGGGAGCUGUCCCAGCCCACCCUCACGAUCCAGACCCACCCCUACCGGGCCUGCGACCCCGUGGAGAUGAGCUAUCCCCGGGACCAGUUCCAGCCCGCCAUCCGGGUGGCUGACCUGCUCCAGCACAUCACCCAGAUGAAGAGAGGCCAGGGCUACGGGUUCAAGGAGGAAUAUGAGGCCUUACCGGAGGGGCAGACAGCCUCGUGGGACACAGCCAAAGAGGACGAGAACCGCAACAAGAAUCGAUACGGCAACAUCAUAUCCUAUGACCAUUCUCGAGUGAGGCUGCUGGUGCUGGAUGGAGACCCACACUCCGACUACAUCAACGCCAACUACAUUGAUGGGUACCAUCGACCUAGGCACUACAUCGCAACUCAAGGUCCAAUGCAGGAGACCGUAAAGGACUUCUGGAGAAUGAUCUGGCAGGAGAACUCGGCCAGCAUCGUCAUGGUCACAAACCUCGUGGAAGUGGGCAGGCACCCAGCAGGACACACUGUGGGAAAUGCCACUCUAGGCCGUGCGGCGUCCCCCGGAAUGGUGAAGUGUGUGCGAUACUGGCCGGACGACACAGAGGUCUACGGGGACAUUAAAGUCACCUUGAUUGAGACAGAGCCCCUGGCAGAAUACGUCAUCCGCACCUUCACGGUCCAGAAGAAAGGCUACCACGAGAUCCGGGAGCUCCGCCUCUUCCACUUCACCAGCUGGCCCGACCACGGCGUCCCCUGCUAUGCCACCGGCCUCCUGGGCUUCGUCCGCCAGGUCAAGUUCCUCAAUCCUCCGGAAGCCGGGCCCAUAGUGGUCCACUGCAGUGCUGGAGCUGGGAGGACCGGCUGCUUCAUUGCCAUUGACACCAUGCUCGACAUGGCCGAGAACGAAGGGGUAGUGGACAUCUUCAACUGUGUACGUGAGCUCCGGGCCCAGAGGGUCAACCUGGUGCAGACAGAGGAGCAGUACGUGUUCGUGCACGAUGCCAUCUUGGAAGCGUGUCUCUGCGGCAACACGGCCAUCCCGGUGUGCGAGUUCCGCUCCCUCUACUACAAUAUCAGCAGGCUGGACCCGCAGACCAACUCCAGCCAGAUCAAAGACGAGUUCCAGACCCUCAACAUCGUGACUCCCCGUGUCCGGCCCGAGGACUGCAGCAUCGGGCUCCUGCCCCGGAACCAUGACAAGAAUCGGAGCAUGGAUGUCCUGCCUCUGGACCGCUGCCUGCCCUUCCUCAUCUCAGUGGAUGGAGAAUCCAGCAACUACAUUAAUGCGGCACUCAUGGAUAGCCACAAGCAGCCCGCUGCCUUCGUGGUCACGCAACACCCUCUACCCAGCACCGUGGCAGACUUCUGGAGGCUGGUGUUCGACUACAACUGCUCAUCCGUGGUGAUGCUGAACGAGCUGGACAGCGUCCAGCUCUGUAUGCAGUACUGGCCCGAGAAGACCUCGGGCUGCUAUGGACCUAUCCAGGUGGAGUUCGUGUCUGCAGACAUCGACGAGGACAUCAUCCACAGAAUAUUCCGUAUCUGCAACAUGGCUCGGCCACAGGAUGGGUAUCGUAUUGUCCAGCAUCUCCAGUACAUUGGCUGGCCCGCCUACCGGGACACCCCCCCCUCCAAGCGCUCUCUGCUGAAAGUGGUCCGACGGCUGGAGAAGUGGCAGGAGCAGUACGAUGGGAGGGAGGGACGCACUGUGGUCCACUGCCUGAAUGGGGGAGGCCGCAGCGGGACCUUCUGUGCCAUCUGCAGCGUGUGUGAGAUGAUCCAGCAGCAAAACAUCAUUGAUGUGUUCCACAUCGUGAAGACACUCCGCAACAACAAGUCCAACAUGGUGGAGACCCUGGAACAGUAUAAGUUUGUAUAUGAGGUGGCACUGGAAUAUUUAAGCUCCUUUUAGCCCGAUGGAUUGGGGAACCUGCCGGAGUCCAGAGGCUGCUGCAGCCAAGCCCCCUUUUCUGUGAAUGGCAGCGACUGGGCUCAGGGGUGAAGAGACGGCACCCUGCCCCACUCCAGGGAGAAGACUGGUGGUCCCGCGAUCCACGGUGGGCUCUGCUCCUCCUGAGGCAUCUCCAGUUGCUCUGGGGGCUGCUGACCUGAAAGGCCCAGGCUUCUUUUCCAUACCCACCCCGCCCCAGCCAUGCAGAAGUGUACCCAUAGCAGGGCCUUGGAUUUUUUCAGUUUCCAGACCUCUUGCUCCUUUCAAGUUUGUGAGUCUCGCGGCAAGCCCGCUGUGCGGCUGUGGGGAGCGGCCGGCUUCCGUCGGGAGGGAGGUGUGCUCUCUGCCACGCGGUCCUGGAUAUAGAUGAUCAAGCUCUGGGGAUCACCACUCUGCUGUCCUCUGCAGUCUCCUUCAGGGACCUCUGGCCCCGGACACCUGCCCUCUGGAUCACUGGGACCCUAGGAUGCUUCCGAGACCACAGCAGAGGCCCCAUCCUCGCACCUAACCUGCAUGGGGCCUGGCCCACCACCCCUCCCGACCCCUCCCCCAGCCCGGGCCUGGACCUUCCAUCGCUCACUGGCCUGACCUUCCAUCACUCACUGGCCAGCCCCGGCACGCUCUGAUUAAGGUUUUCUUUGCAUUUUUGUGAAAAAGGACUACCUGACCCUGAGUGUCUGAGGUGGUGGCUCCUCUGGGAGGGAUGAAUGAGAUUUGACGAUUUUCCAAAGUGUAUGUGAAAAGCCAGUCUCAUAGCAAAAGAAGGUAGGGAGGGACGUUUGGCAUAGCUCUAAGGAAAACUUCUGGGGCCUGUUCUCUCUCCUGCCAGUGUCCUUAAAAGGUCCCACCCAGGGACAGCACAGCCAUCAAGCAAGGGAGAGAUGGGUUAGUCUGAAGACAGUCCCUUUGGGGCAGAUAGAGAACCAGCAUCGUGUAUAACCCAGGAUCUCCAAAUCUGAACUUCCUAGAGAAACCCAGCUGCACUCUCAGGUCACCGAGGACCCGGUUUACACUUUGGUUUAAAAUAGGCCACAGGGAUCAAGCCUGGGGAUCUAAAAUCUUGCCCAAGGUAUGGGUCAGUCAUUGACCCAUGUUGGAGCCAACAUUUGCUCAGCAUCCACUGUAUGCCAAGCUUGACGUGUUCUUAGAAGCCCCCCAACCCAUGAGAGGGCUGUUUACCUGUUGUCAUCUUCACAGCUGAGGACAGAGUCAUCUUCCUCAGUGAUGAAAUUCUGGUUUCCAAGAAGGCAGAUAAUACACUGAGACUGACUUGUACUGUUUUCUUCAUCCUUUCUCAGCCAAGCAAUUAUUUUAUGGAGGGAAAAUAAGGCCAGAAAAUUCUGAGACGAGAACUCCACAAAUGGAAAUUUAAUUAUUUCUUUCUGAUGCCAGUUUUUCUGGGAAGCUCAGAAUUUCAGAUAUAUUUUAGUAGCUCAUUCCGGCUCCCCAGUAAAGCUAGUCCCAUCUAAGUUUUUCGCCAGCGAGAACAACUCCCUGUGCCUUCAGGCUGUGAGGUCUGCCUGCCAGGGACACACUCUCUACACCCAAGUCUCUAGCUGGGGCUCAGGUACAGUACCUGGCGGCCCCAGGUGGAGGUGGCCUAGGAGCUAGGAAGCGCCAUCUUGGGGGCUGGUCUGGCCCCAGACAGGACGGGAGGAGCACAGAUUCAGUAACGCACAGCGUUCUCCCUCCAGAGCUUACGGGACACUGCGGGAAACUGAAUGCACGUGUUACUGAGCCUCAGAGCAAGCUUCUGCCUAGGGCUUUCUAAAGGAGGUACCAUCCAUUCUACUGGGUAGAAAAAGGAAGAAGAAGUUCAGGCCAAAGGAUCAGCAUGUGUGAAGGCAAAGAGGUGUGAAAAGUCCUGCUGGGUGGGAGCAGAGCGGGCGGAGCUGCAGCAGGAGACGGGGCAGCAGCCGAGUGACGCGUUCAGCUCAGUGCUGGAGGAGGGUCCCGCUGGGGCCAGAGAGGCUGCCUCUUUCUUUCAUCAGACACUGUGAAAACAUUCCCUUAAGCGUAUACUUUUUCAUACCACAUCUAUUUGUCUGCUCAUUAUUUUGUCACUGGAACAAAACACGCAGUGGGUCAGGAGACGCAGCAUCUGUGAGGAACUCAGGGUCCCUGCUCUACCCCAGAGCUGAGCACGGGCUCUGGAGCUGCCUGGAAGUCCGGGGACCCCAGACUUGAUCAAGGGAGGACUCAAAGCAAAGGAGCCCAUGACGAACCUGUUCUUUUUCCACAGGCCCUUCCCAGGGUUUCCGGGCCCCCGCCCCCAGCCCUCAAGGAGCCUGUGCCCAGCAAGGCAGCAUGCUAGGUGUCUCUUCUCAGAUCUUGGCUCAUCCACACAGAAAGGGAGGAUGGGAGGCGGGCACCAUCUAACACAACAAACCCUAGGAUUUAUUCUGCUCAGAAAGGGGUGAAAUAGCUGCCAGAUAAGACGACAGUGGCUUCUAGCAUCUCAAACGGCAGGGAUCUGAAAGGUGACUGCAGGGAGAAGGAAACCAGUGAGAACUCAGGCCACGGUGGGCAACCCAACAAGGGCCAGCGAUGGUUCCCCCAGCUCAUCCCGCCCUGUUCCUCACAACGUGGCAAAGGCGGUAGGGCCGGUCUUAGGCCAGUGUACACAGGAAGAAACUGCGGCUGCUUCUGAUGGACAUGCCUCCCUGAGAGCCCACGGGGCACGCAUGUGGCGGGGCUCGGAUGAGGUGGGGCACCGGCAUCUGCGAAGCUGGACUUGAUCCCAUCCCCAGGAAACCCCCUGAGCAAACACCACCCCCCUCCCCCAGGGCCUCUCCCCACUGCUCCGCCCUUACCGCGUGGGCUCACCUUUCACGACGCAGGAGCAAAGCGCAUCAAUGCUGAGUCUCCACACGGGCUCGCCUCUCGUCCCUGGGGUGCCAAAGAGAGUGCCCUCACUUAGUGCAGAGCCUCAUGGUUCUCACCUCCUAGACAUGGACCCUGUUUGGAGAAGAUGCAAGGAAUUAAUGAAAGGCCAGGAACUGUCCCCACCCAGAUGCCUGUCCAGCCUACAGAGCCUCAGGAUACACCCUCGCUGUAUCUAACAGUGUCCUCUCACCCUAUCGGGUGUGAAGAUCCCAGGGCCAGGGUGCCUCUGAGCUUCCAGGUGACCACAGGAGGCCUCCCUUUGUGGGAACAGAAGGGAGUACCUUGCUUUUACAGCCUCUUCUCAGAUGUCACCCAAGCAGUGAGUGGCCUAUCAGAUGUCAGCUUUCACGUGGAACCAACAGACUGUGCUGGAGACUUGAGAGCUCACUGAACUCUUUCAACAUUCCUAAGAAGUGCUUGUAAUUGUUACCGUUUUACAGAUGAGGAGACUGAGGUUCAGCGGGGGAGAGAUCAUUUGCCCACAGUUCCACCACAGCUGGUGAAUGAGGGAGCCAGGAUUUGAAUUGGUUCUUCUGACUUCAGAGGCAAUGUUUUUCCACCAUUGCAUCUCAGAUUUUCCCAUGGGGGGCUACCCGUAACAGCGGAGACUAGAGUGAAACAGAUAACCCAAUGGAUCUUCAAAGCCCAAAGCAGACAAUGAUAAGCUUAAAAGUCCUUCAGUUCCAUGUUUAACAAAUCCCAUAAUAUUCGCCUUCUACUCUAAUUUAGAUUGAUUUUAAUGCGAGUAUAUACAUGUGGUUUUAAUCCCAGCUCACUGUGAUGGACCCUAGGGAAUUAAUCCCUGCCUGAGAGGCACAGGGCCUGGCCAGGCUGCUUCCUCCCGAGGCCAAUUCCAGAGUCAGGCUCAAGGCCAGCUCACAUUCCCCUAGGCAGAUCCUUUGGUGUGGGGGUUCCCUGACCUCACUGUUCAUGGGUUAAUUUCAAUCCAAGUCUUCUUAAGUUGGAUACUGGAAAAAAACCCACUGACAUCUACUAGAAUUACAAGGACACGCCCACCUGGAGUGACGAAGGCUAAGCCCAUCAAACCCUAAAGGGAAAGGUCAGAAGAUGAACACACCCUUACUCAGCAGAUUCCCAAAUGUUGGGCCUUCUACAAAGCGGUGCCCUUUGCCCAAGAUGCAAUCACAGGGGCAGAUCUGCGGACACACUUCACACGAGGGGCCUGGGGCUGGAAGCCUCCUCAACCACACAUACCCACUGGGUUCUUACAACAUGCAAGGCCCUGGACGGGGUGCCACCAGAAGCGCAGGCUACCAUGGCACAGUUCAUGCCCCGGCGAGACAUGAGGUUGUGGUAGAAAGGACUCAGUCUUCAGUUCUAAUCCAGCACAGCCAUUUCUUGCCUGUAGCAUGUUGGGCCAACCAAUUAAUGGGAAAAGAUGUGAAAAGAGGAGUCCCAGCCACAAGGGGGGAGUAGGGAGACCUGGAGAGCUUUGGGUAGGAAAACAGGCAAAGCCAGGAAGUUAGGACCCAAGAGGGAUACUCAGAACCUAGGAUGCGUAUGGACCACCGGGCCAAGCAUGAAGUACACGUACUUAGGGCCUCUGGGCUUGUGAACACAAAUCAGUGGGCCGCCUAUGUAACUGUUCCAACAAACUCUCAGUGCCCACCUGCCCCUGUCUCUCCCACGGAGGAUGCCUGCUGUAAGGUGUUCCUUGGGCCAAUGCCUCCAGGGCAGUCUGGAGACUUAGAGGGCAAAGUGGUGACAUUCCAAGUCAGAUCAGCCUUCUGAAGGCUUAGGCAGAACACUAGUGCCCGUACCCUCCAUCGGCCUGCAGCUCAUCAGAUAAAUUCAAGCACAGUUUGCUGGUCCCAGGUCACUCCUGUGAGCGGAACUGGGAGUAGUGGGUGAAACGUGAUAGCUGUGAGGAAGACCUUGCUAUCUGCCAGAGAAGAUGAGCUGCCCACCUCAGCCGCUGUCCAGCAGAAGCCACGUGUCUUUAAAGGGAAGAAGGAGCGCUGCUCCGAUGGGUGAGCUUUGCCCCAGAUGGGUGAGGUGUUACAGAGCUGGGGCUGUGUUUGAACUCCUUCGUUCCCCAAGAGCACAAAGCCAAGCAGGUUGUGCUUGUUUUGUGCAGGUUGAAGCCCCCACUCUCCUGCUGCCUCCCCGCCACGCAAGCCAAGAUGCUGCUCCAGCCACACAUCCAGGGCUCAUCCAGGCUGGUUAUCACCAAACACCACAGAGAGAGCAGCUGCUCUGCCACAGAGCCAAUGCCCACCAAGAUCUCUGACGAGACCAAUCCUAAUUUAGACCCACUGGCCAGCAAGGCCAGCAGUGACAGCCAGAAUCAGCAAAGGUCCAAGAAGGACCCAGAACAGGGUUUUGCUGACAAUACACAUUAGCUCUAGAGUUGAAUUCGACCUUCCCUCCUGACUCGAGGCCUGGUGGGGCAGUUUGCAAAAGCAAAAGCACAGCGACUCAGCUGACACGUGAUUAUCAUUGUCCCCAGUGCGUCCAUUUCAUUGCCAGGUAGAUCCUGAACUAGCUCAGGCUACUCCAGGCUAACCUGUAUUGUCAAUCAGACUCAAAAGCACUUUCCUAGCAUUUCUUUUCACCCCACUUCUUACCAGCCAAUGUAAGGCAGAGAGUCAGGGCUUCUACCAUUGCCUUGGCUACUGGACACGUCAUAGCCCUACAAGGGCCAGCGUGGGUUCCUAUCAGCUCCAGGGAGACGGACACUUUCAUAUCCACUGGGCAUAUGACACUGCAUGAGACCUGGGUCUCCACACUGCAGCCUCCUCCGUGAAUCCCAACGGCCUGCACUUGUACAGUCUGGGUGUUUGACAGAUAAAAAGCACGUAUGAGAAGAGAAAACAAAAUAAAUCAACUUUUGAAAAAAGCCAGCACUGUGCUGUCAAUGUUUUUUUUUUCCUUUUCCUUUCCAAUUCUAGCUUAAAAAAGCAGAAGGUAAAUAAUGUCAGGUCAAUGAAUAUCAGAUAUAUUUUUUGACUGUACAUUACAGUGAAGUGUAAUCUUUUUACACCUGCAAGUCCAUCUUAUUUAUUCUUGUAAAUGUUCCCUGACAAUGUUUGUAAUAUGGCUGUGUUGAAAAUCUAUACAAUAAAGCUGUGACCCUGAGAUUCAUGUUUUCCUAA